CUCACGUGCCACCCCGGCCAUGUGACCGAUCCCCGACGUAGCCGCGGCCACCCCACACCAGUACUGCUGAAUAGCGUCACCUCCGCACCGCUCACAACCACUCCAAGACGCGCAGCACCCAGACGACGCGGGGACGAACACCCUCAAUCCAUGGACUUCUACCCUUCCCCCCAUAGGGUCCCCGGGUCCGCCCUCUCCCCCUCAGCCAGCACCGCCCGCGAACCCAAGCUCCAGCUCCCCACCACCACCGACCCGCCGGGCCCCCAGAACCCCCCAAACCCCUCGUAUGGCUCAUCUUCGGCGCCACCGGCCACAUGGGCCGCUCCCUGGUCAAAACCGCGUUAUCGCGCGAUGACCUCGUCGCCGCCGUCGGCCGCACCUUCGAAAACAGCCCCGAAGCCAUGCGCAAGCUCGAAGCCGACCACGAGAACUGCCUAGGUCUCCUGUGUGACGUGCGCGCCCGCGACACCGUCAAACGCGUCAUCGACCGCACCAUCGACCGCUUCGGCCGCAUCGACAUCAUCGCCAACUGCUCCGGAUACGGUGUCAUCGGUGCCUGCGAAGACCAAGACGAAUACGACAUCCGAGACCAAUUCGAAACCAACUUCACUGGCACCCUCAACAUGAUUCAGCUUUCCCUGCCUCAUUUCCGAGAAAGAAGAUCCGGCCGAUACCUCAUUUUCAGCUCCACUUCAGGAGCGCUAGGCGUGCCGGGUCUAGGUCCCUACUGUGCAUCCAAGUACGCAGUGGAGGGUUUGAUGGAGAGUAUGUUGUACGAGGUGGACAACUUCAAUAUCAAAACCACCCUGGUGGAGCCUGGUCAUAUGCGUCGUGACGAUAUCGGAGAUCUGUUGGGCUCGGAUUCCCCGCCUUUUCUCAAUACUACUACGACUGCUAAUAAUAAUAAUAAUAACGACCAUCAAGAACAUAAUCUGGCCUCGCCCUUGCCCCUGUACGGCCAUUUCCUGGUCAAGCCGCCCAGUGACCCGUAUAAUACUCCGACGUCGCCGGCAGCCCACGCGAAACGGAUGCUGAUGUGGUUGGGUGAUAAGCAGCCGGCUAGUGCCGUCAAGGCCGCUCAUCUGGUGUGGCAGCUGGGGCAUUGUUCGUAUCCGCCGCUCAGACUCAUCCUGGGGACGUAUGCCGUCGAGAGUAUCCGGGAUCGGUUGAAGUGCAUUAUCGAGGAGAUUGAGGAUUGGAAGUAUCUUAGUUUUCCGACGGGGGAGCAACAGGGGCCGUCGCCGGCGAGGGACAAGGUGUCUGUGCGUGAGGGCGAUGAUAUGGAUGUGAAGUAGUGCGUGGAAGGGGGAUUCAUGUUUCAAGCUCUAUUGCUUUAUCGAGGGAGCAACUUUUCCGGCUGUCUGGCCAGCACCACCGCGCCCGCGAGUGUUGACUUCGCGGUGCAGCUACAAGGCAGGCCCGACAUGACGAGACUGCCGUGACGCUGAACUGGCAGCCACAUGCAGGAGGACUUCUCUGCCUCCGCCAGGAGAGACAGGAUGCGACUGGGAGGCUAGAAGCAGCCUCAACACCAACACAUCCCAAGACCACGUACGCCACGUAGAUCGUAGGCGAGCACAGCAGAAUCAAGGUCACGGCAGAGACAAGAAGACAGAGAGGAAGAAGCGAGUCGAUAUAGACGAAUCAAUUAAUUACAGGCCAGAUGGCCAUUACUAU